AUGGAGAUGUCUUCGGCUACGGCUCUGGCCGGCGCGAGGCUGUUAGGCGACGUCAAAGAGGCAAACCUAGAAGAGGUCCUAAACGCCCUCCGUACGGCACUCGGUCCGGAUGCAUCCUCCAGCAAGGCAAAGCAUCCAAAGGCGUAUCCCAUCCCCGGGCUAGACGUACUCAUCGCCCGAAAUUUUCGUGCGACAAAGUCAGCGCCGCUGGCCGUCACCGGCCGUCACCUCCCGCUCAUCUACGCACUCAUCUCAACACUCGUCUCGCCGCCUCACGAUAAGACGGUGCUGGUGCUCGACACGGAGCACCGCUUCGAUGCAACCCGACUCGUCUGCAGUCUAGAUAAUGUCAGUCAUGUCUACGUGCACCGUCCGGCCCGCCGGGGCAUUCCUAGCCAACAUGGCAGCGGCAGCGCCGGCACGGGUCCGGAGCAGGUCCGGGAGCUCGUCGCGGCGGCCGAGAACUGGAUGCUCUACGGCAACCACGACAGCAGCGGUCGCGAGUGGUGGGGGACUAUAGUAAUCGGUGCCCUCGGUGCCGGAGAUGUAACGGCCGCCUGGAAGGGCUGGCUAAGGAUCGACCGCGACAGCGUCCCGGGGUUUUCCCUCGGCUGCAGCGCAAAUGAGGCCAUGACAGACCGCCAAAGGCGCCAGGAAACCGUCGAUGCUGCGCCGUGGGCUGCCUCUUCGCAGUGGGGAAGUUUCACCUUCACAGAGUCUACUACUGUUGCUACUGCAACGUCAACCGACUCAACGUAUCCAACCAGCCGACGGGGCAUGUGA